UUUCUCGUCCUCCAUGACAAUAAAAGAGUGUUGAAACUGAGAAUGAAUAGAAAUCCAGACAAACACAAGAUGAGCAUUAAUCCAACAGUUCUAGUUUUACCAUUUCCUGCUCAAGGGCAUGUGAACCCCUUGAUGACCCUCUCAGAAAAGUUGGUCCAGCAUGGAUGCAAAGUCAUUUUUGUGAACUCAGACAUCAACCACAAACGAGUGGUGAGUUCCAUGGUGGAGCAACAACAUAGCAUUGAUGAGUCAAAAAUCAAGCUGGUCUCAAUCCCCGAUGGUUUGGGACCUGAUGAUGACAGACACGAUUGGGGAAAGCUAUGUGAUGCUAUUAGGAGCACCAUGCCUUCUGCGCUUCAGAAGCUCAUAGAGGAUAUUCAUUUGAAUGGGGAUAUUAGAAUCAGUUUCAUCAUUGCAGAUUUUGGCAUGGCUUGGGCUUUUGAGGUUGGCACUAAAUUUGGAAUCAAAGGAGCUAUGUUCUUUCCUAUGUCAGCAACUAUGUUUGCCUUGUUUUACAACACCCCCAAGCUUAUUGAUGAGGGGAUCAUAAAUUCUGAUGGAUUAAUAUUAACCAAUAAAAAGACAAUUCGACUAUCACCAAAUAUGUCAGAGAUGGACAUAGGAACCUUUUUCUGGUUGCAUUUGGGUGACCCAUUGAAUACUAAGGGGGUAUUUGUUUUUUUGGGACACUGUUUACGAACAUUAAAUUUGGCAGAAUGGUGGCUCUGUAACACCAUAUCUGAACUUGAACCUGGGGUAUUAAACAUUGUUCCGAAGCUCCUCCCAAUUGGUCCAUUACUAAGAAGUAAUGACAAUACAAAUGCAACUACAAGAUCAAUGGGACAGUUUUGGGAAGAAGAUCUCUCUUGCAUGAAUUGGCUUGAUCAACAACCUCAUGGUUCGGUCACGUAUGUUGCCUUUGGUAGUAUUACUCUUUUUAACCAAAACCAAUUCGAUGAACUAGCUCUUGGACUAGACCUCACCAAUAGACCUUUUCUUUGGAUUGUGCGUCAUGACAAUAAGUUGACAUACCCUUCUGAAUUCCAAGGGCAUGAAGGUAAGUUAGCUGAAUGGGCCCCUCAACAAAAGGUGUUAAACCACCCUGCUAUUGCUUGCUUUGUUACCCAUUGUGGUUGGAAUUCGACCAUGGAAGGUUUGUCCAAUGGGGUGCCCUUAUUGUGUUGGCCAUAUAUUGCGGACCAAAUUUACAACAAAAUACACAUUUGUGAUGAAUUGAAACUUGGAGUGGGAUUGAACUCAGAUGAAAAUGGACUUGUGUCACGAUGGGAAAUUAAGAAGAAAUUGGACCAACUACUUAGUGAUGAGAACAUGAGAGCAAGGUCUAUAAAGUUGAAGGAGAAGCUAAUGGACAACCAAAUAGAUAGUGGUCAAUCUCUAAAGAACCUCAAUAAGUUGGUCAAGUGGUUGAAAGAAUAACGAUUUUCCUUUGAGCAUAUAUUUUAGGUAAUUUUCUUAGAAUGUGGAUGCAAUUGGAAAUGAUAAUGUUGGCUUUACAACUUCUUAGAUGUGGAAUUUGUCAAUUUGGUGGAGAUUUGUUGUUUUUAUUAGUAAUUGUAUGUUGAUUAAGGCGGGUGAGUUAUAAGUACAUCAAUGUGAAUGUUGCUAUAUAUUAUUUUAGGUGAAAGCUUAAGUUUCUAGUUGAUCAUGAGAUUAUUUGUAAUUAUAAUGUUAUUCAAGUUGUUGGUUUGAAUUUUGG